GGGAUAACUGAGGGAGCUGGAGGGUUCGGGAGGUUGCAGGAUCGAAGAGAUGAGUUCGAGGAGGCUAAAACGAAGUGAACCUUGAUUCCAGGGCAACAACAACCUGCAUUUAUUUCGCACCAUUAUCCUCAUGUCUGUAUUUUUUUCUCAGGAAAGGACUCUUUAGAGUGAGAAAACACAAUAAUAAGCCGAGGGAAAAGAGAGAGGCAGUUUGACUAAAGAGGCAGGCUUUAAAGAAGAUUUUGGAGGAGGGGAGGCGACAGAUCUGGGCUUAUGGGCUCGGAUAUGGAGCACCCACUGCCGUCAGAUCAAAGCAGCCCAAGAGGAAAGGUGACCGGCUUGGAGCCUUCCGGGCGCUCAGGCUUUCACGAACAAAACACGCACCCUUUGACUUGACGGUCAAACUUUAAAAUCGGUACAUUUACAUUUUAGAUAAGCCAACAGAAGUCACACGACGGAGUCCCUCGAACAGUGUAAGCUGCUGCCCUGUCUCCGUACAAAUGGUCGAAAGUUUUGUUGUCCAGCAGGUCGGCCUGAGACAGAGUGACGCUAUGUUGCAGCUGACAUCACCUCGGCCGGCCGAGCGAUAAGUGGAGAGAGAGAGAGAAAUCUCAUGGAGAUGGGGGCUGGGGGCAAGCAAUCUGUACCGGGAGUCCUGACCAGUACGUUUGCUUUAUUAAAAGUGAAAGGCUUCAUUUGACCCCCUCAGUGGAAGAAGUGAGAGGUGUUUUUUUAAAAACUCGGGUCUGACAUUCUGUUCGCGCUGAAGGUUGAGCCACCACAAAAUACAGAGAAAAGUUCGGUCUGAAACUGAUCAGCACGAAACUGACCUCCCGCAGGUACAUUGAGGAGCUGCGAGGCUGGGGAUUCCCACAAGGAGAGGGGGGGGGGGCUUUUCCAGCCUUGUUCUCCCCUUCAGCCGAAUCUUUGCUCGUGUGUUUUUAUUUCUGUGGGAUUUCCCUGAUGUUUUGAAGUCUUGGGAAGUAGGCGAUCUCUUUACAUGGAUGUGUCGGGGAGGAGCCGCUAGCUGAUAGAGAAAUGGAAGUGGUUGACGAGACAGAAGCGUUGCAGCGCUUUUUUGAAGACCAAGAGGUAGCGCACUCCAGAAUGGCUUAUGCAGACGGUCCCUUCAGACAUUACAAUACAGGACAUGAAAUCAAUGGGGCUCUUGAUACUUCCAACAUUGAUACAAGUAUUCUGGAGGAAUAUAUCAGUAAGGAGGACUCCACAGACAUCUGUUUUCCAGAUCUCCCGGUCUCAGUAAGUUAUUCCAAUCCUCAGGCAUCUGGCAGUGCUUCAGUUGGCCAUCCUAUCCCCAGCGCUAUUGGGAACACAGGCCAUCUAAACAGCCCUUCCACCAGUGGAGUCAACCACCUUUGCCAUGUAACCACCAGCUGUCUGCCAGUCACAGCUAGACAUGGCGGUCUCGUGCCAAACCCAGUGGCUUGUGGCCCAAACCCCAGUGGUCACAUGAACUGUAACAGCAACAAUGGAAUGCUAACCAAAAGCUAUCCCAGCAACCUUUGCAUGAACAGCAACACAACUGCUAUCAAAGUGGAACCAAAGCCCUCCUAUGCACCUGGCACUUUACCUGAAUCCCCUCCUGAUUCUGGAUCUGAGCCGUACUCCCCUCAACAGGUGAAUGCAGAGUCUCAUCUCCUGCGUACUAUGACACCUGAACAUUUAUGUCAUAUGACACCCCCUUCUCGUCUGGAACAUCCUGCUCAAGCACAUCUGCAGCCACCGCAUUCUCAUCAGCCACCCAAUGCACACUAUCCAAAUGUCCCACGAGAGAUAUAUAUGAAGGCUGAGCCAAUGAUGCCCCAAUAUCCAGUAUCAGGAAUAUCUCCAAAUGAACUCCAUCAAGCCCAGCAGUCACAAAUGCUUCACCAACUUCUGCAGCAUCAUGGAUCAGAUGGUAUUCCUGUGCAUCCAGCCAAGAAGCGGAAACAUUCAGACUCUCCUCCAAACACUUUAAACACUCAGAUAUUGAAUGGAAUGAUAAAACAGGAGCCAGGGUUGAUGCAGGACACUGACAGCCUAAAUGGCUCCUACCUGGACCCCAACUAUCAGUGCAUUAAAUGGCAGCCACACCAACAGAACAAGUGGACCACUCUCUGUGAUGUCAACUGCAAAGAUCUACCCAAUCCCAGCUAUAGAGUAGAUGCUGACAAAGGCUUUAACUUCUCUGUUCCUGAUGAUGCUUUUGUCUGCCAAAAGAAGAACCACUUCCAGGUCACGGUUUAUGUUGGUAUGAUGGGUGAUCCAAAAUACGUGAAAACCCCAGAGGGGCUCAAACCAAUUGAUUGUUUCUUCCUGAAGUUGCAUGGUGUAAAGUUGGAAGCAAUGAACCAGAGCAUCAACAUUGAGCAAUCACAGUCUGACCGCAGCAAACGGCCAUUCAACCCAGUCACGAUUAACAUCCCUUCUGAUCAGGUCACAAAGGUCACAGUUGGAAGGUUACACUUCAGUGAAACAACAGCUAACAAUAUGAGGAAAAAAGGCAAACCCAAUCCAGACCAGAGAUACUUCAUGCUGGUGGUAGCCCUUCAGGUCCAGGCCCAGAAUCAGAAUCACCUUGUGGCAGCUCAGAUUUCUGAAAGAAUCAUUGUGCGGGCCUCAAACCCUGGCCAGUUUGAGAGCGACACAGACGUCUUGUGGCAACGUGGCCAGCUUCCUGACACUGUGUUCCAUCACGGCCGUGUCGGCAUUAACACAGACCGUCCCGAUGAAGCCCUGGUCGUCAAUGGCAAUGUCAAAGUCAUGGGCUCGUUAAUGCACCCGUCAGAUGUGCGGGCAAAGGAGAACAUCCAGGAGGUAGACACAACAGAGCAGCUGAGGAGGAUAACUCAGAUGCGGCUGGUCCAGUAUCAAUACAAACCUGAGUUUGCUGCCACAGCUGGCAUAGAGAGCACGUCUGAGACAGGUGUUAUCGCACAAGAAGUGAAGGAAAUUCUACCUGAGGCAGUGAAGGAGACUGGGGAUGUGGUGUGUGCCAAUGGAGAGACCAUUGAGAACUUCUUGGUUGUUAAUAAGGAACGGAUUUUCAUGGAGAAUGUGGGGGCUGUCAAGGAGCUUUGCAAGCUGACUGAUAACCUCGAGACAAGAAUCAAUGAGUUAGAGACGUGGAGCCGGAAACUGGCCAAACUGAAGCGUCUGGAUAGUAUGAAGUCCACAGUCAGUGGAGGAACUCUCAGCCAAACUGGCAGUCAUUUUAGUCGAGCGGGAAGUGGACCACAUAAGAAAAGACAUCCAAAGGUUGGCAAUAAGGCUCAGUCCAAUCCAACGGACCAUGGUUGCCUCAGCCACAGGUUCCUUCAGGGCACUAUCAUAGCUCUCGUUAUAGUCAUGGCUUUCAGUGUAAUAUCUAUGUCAACACUCUAUGUGCUGAACUUGCGCAAUGAUGACGGGACAGAAGCUGAUGGACCACCUGCUGAUGUCUAUCCAUAUACAACCUCGAAAGAAACUCACUGGCCGACAACGCCUCUUAGUGCACAGGGCACAGUUGCAGCUCACCAGCUGCCAGUUGAUAUAUCUUCUCCUGCUUCUCCUAUGUCCCACACCCCUCGACCACUUAAUCUUUGCUACACCCUUCCGUGUGAAGUACUGUGCUGCCCUGUUAACUCUACAUAUCCACCUGCUAGUAGCAUCCUGCCAGUGACUACCAACCCAUUGACCCCUUCAUCAACCAGCACUAACCAUUCCACUGCUGAUCAAACUGGCUUAUCCUUUACCAGCAAUAUCAAAGCCAAAUCUUCAAUAAACGAGAAUAGGAGUGGGUACAGCAGCAGGCAGACAUCUCCCAGAGAUGGGGUUAGCACCUCCGGAUCCAGUUCGAACAGUUACAGCCCCACACCACAGAUCACCAACAUCCACGGCAAAUCAAAGUUUCCUUCUCGUUAUGCCAGUACACAAAAUAAACUGCCUCGGUUGCCCGCAAGAAGACAAAGAAGCACUGAGCAAAUGGAUGUUACCAACAACAACCCAGACUGGAAGAACACUACCUUGACUUCUAUCCAGAUCAUUGAGAAUGGUCUGGUAAUCUCAGAGCAGUACUGCCUGAGCCAAGGAUCCUGCAGUUCAGGGAAUUAUACAUACUCAAUUCCGGUCAGCAAGACCACACCCAUAGAUGUCACCAUCACUCUUCAAAUGAAGACCUCAGUGCCUCUGGCUGUUUACCUGUGCAGUGUCAACUAUGGCAAUUUAUGUGGGAGUAUCUCGAAUAUGGGCUUGAAAACUGAAACAUCGGUCACCCAGGGAACAACACACAGGUGGCCAUUGGUGGUUGCACCAUACUUUGACAUCACCUAUCACUUCCGAGUGGCUGAUCCGCAGAGCCAGGCUACAUGCAACAGUGAGAGCACUUCCACAGGAGAGACCUUCACACAAUACAGCUUCCACUUCUACAGAGUCUGCAAUUGAACAGGAAGGGGCUCCCAAGUGAGAUGGACCACUCGCUCUCCUCUUGAAAAGAUACACUGUCAGUGAGGAAUCUUUUCUGGCCCAAGACAACAAAGUUAUUCAGAAUGACCAAAGGAGAUGUUGGUGUGAUUGAGAAGUUCUGUAUGUCUCACACCCACAACCUGCACUUAACCACUUCACCAUCCUGCUGGGACAGGAGCUUUCACACUUUGCUGAGGGUGGGGGAGGGAGAAGGGAACAUUUCUGUUUCCUGCAAAAUUUGUCUGGGAUGAAAUAUUCUGUGCAGUACAGGCUUUGUAAAAGACACAGGUUAGUGAAAAGAUCGUCAAAGAAAAUGAUUUUGUGCUGCUUGGUGGUUCAGACCAAAUGGCUCUGAGAGCUUCUGUAAGAAGUAUACAAUUUGAAAUUGCAACCUGAAAACCAAAUUUGCUCAGUCAUGCACUAAAUAGGAGAGACUGUAUGGAGGUUGUGUAACUAGCAUAUAUCCCUUUUAAUCCUACCUUGACCAACCAUCACACAAGAUUAAGAAAUUCCACACUCUGAUAUUAAAAAUGAUUUGCAUUGAUCUCUGACGCAGCUGCAUUUCAGUGGUGCUAUAAGUAAGUGCAGUGCCCUGAACAAAGGAAGAAACAUUGGUUAAAAGUUGCUAUUCUGCUGCCUGGCUCACUAUUCAAUGACCCCUCCCUGUCCCAUCUAUCUGCUACUGCAAACUCCAUCUGUGGCCAGAAUUUGAAUGAGCUGCACUGACCUCCACUGUAAAAUUGCUUGUUAGCAUUCACCAUGAAAGUAGUCUGAAGGCCAUUUUGCCUUAUGUGAGGUACUGGAAGGAAUGCUGGGAUCUACGGAUGCACAGUCCAACAAGAACCCAUAUUUCAGGGAGACAAGAAUAGCAGGAAAGCUGACAAAAGGAAUGAGAACAGAAUGUAUUGCUUGAGUUACCAAUUAUCAAUGGAGGAAGGAAGAAGUAAUAGGUGUUAGUUUGUAAUUCAGUCAGUCAGUCAGUCAGUGAACUGGUCCACAUAGAUUGCUGACUAAUAGCCUUACACUAGACAGGCUGGAUUGAAAAAUGCUCCUAACUGUUAAUCCCAUCCCUGUAAGAGAGAGAAAAAAGUACCUUCUGGGCUGCAAAAAGUAACAAGAAACUUGUUGUAUAUAGCUGAAUCAACUGUACUAAAUGAUACACUGCAAUAACAUUGAAUGUUCUGGAGGAUUGGGUCACUUAUGUUGACAAUGCAAUUUCCUUUAAAUUAUCGUGUGUUUGGUAGCCUUCCGAAGUUUCAUGGAUUGUGUCACUUAUUGAAGCGUCUAAUUAUUUCUAGCUUGUUGUCCUAUGUACAUGACAAAAUGUUACUUGUUUUAAAUCUAUGAAUGGAAACCUAUCUCAAAUUUAGAAUUUGAGAAUGUGCAGAAUGUUGCAAAAUUGUAGUGACCCACAGAGAAUGAAAGUGUUAGAAAAUAUUUCAGCUUCAGCACAACUCCCUCAAUUGAAAUUUGUGCAUGAAUACUCAGACCAGUUAAAUUGGCAGCUGGGUAGCAUUUGAGAAUUAGACAUUGGCUUUUCAUCUCUUAAAAUGAUGCUCAGUCUCUUAGCUGGAAUGCUUCAAUUUGAAAUGAAUUUCAGCCAUUUUGAUCCAGAGGUAAGAGUACCCCAGCAGACUUGAGGGAGCUUUAUUCCUUGUCUAACUGCUGCACUUGACUAAGGAGAACUUGAUGCUAACACUGGAUUCUCAAUGGAGAUAGUGCUGAGGAACUGGAACGCUAUCUCCAUCACCUCAAUGAGCACAAAUAUUCACAAAAGGUCAUUCCCAAAUACUAAGAGGAUAGGAGGGAGCUAAGAAGGAAUUUGCCCUUCACCUAAGUCACUGCUUUAAACGGCCUGUGAGAACAGUGUCUUCCUGCGAGUUCCAUUUCCCAAUGUGCCUGUAAAACAUUCCAUAUAUCCUGUUUGGAUAAAUAGAUUUAACCUUCAUUCGUAGGAAUCUGGGAUAUCUUCAUUUUAACUACUGUCUAGAGUGACUGUUGUAAAUAUUCCCUAAUGUAAAUGGUAUUUUAAAAGAAAGGACAUGUCAGUUAUUGUGUAAUAGCUCACGUGAUACUGUAUCCAGUGCAUUUAAUGUGACUGUUACUGAAUCAGAACGGAUUCGCUUUAACUUUCCUCUAUUGUAACAAAGAAUUUCUUAAUGCCCUUUAAUAAUUCUUUUACUUGGGAGCUGGUGACCUGUUUGCAUGUGAGAACAUACGCUCUUGAGUUCUUAGUAUCCUAAUCGCAGCAGUAAGGAUGCUACAACUUGACUCAGAGAAAAGAACAAUCAGCCAUAGUUCCGAUUUCUGAUUGUUAUCCAAUGGUUGGACUGGGAAGUGCUUGUGUAGAGACAUAAGUUAAAGCUGUGAUACCUUCCAUGUGUACGCUCACCGCUGUUUAGCCUUAGACACACAAAUGUCACUUGGGCAAGGUACUCAAGGACAGCUGGUACCCAUGGAACUUGACCCCCAGAAAAGAGCACCUUCAGGAAACAGGGAGAUGACGUUGAAAGGGGUGGAAGUGAGUAAGUCAUUGCAAGACAAAGAGCUGUUUUGUCCUUAGCAAUCAACUUUCUAGUUAUUUGAGUGGCCCCAGUCAUUACACUUCAAACUGACACAGCACCAGAAUACCACGUCCAAUAACCUCCUUCAUACGUGCACAUCUUACAACUUAAAAUCAUUCAAAAUUUGCAUAUAAAGGUUUCUUGAAACAUUUUCAAGAAAACUGGAUUGGACCAAUCACAAGAGGUCAAUCAACUGCGGAGAAAAGGUCAGGCCAUAACCCAUCACAAUUAACACUAGCAGGUAUCACUGCUCCCGACUGCUUAAAGUUCACAAUAACUGUAUGUUUAAAAAAGCCAAUUGCUAAAUAAAAAAAAGCUCAAAGCUCCCUGUAAAUAGCAUGUAUUUUAAUUGCUGUUGCAAUCAUUUCUUAAGCACUAAUUUUUAUUUUUACAAUCACGUGUUAAUCGCUGUACGUACGUUAGAUUUUUUUUUACCUGUCAAUAGGAUUUUCCUAAUGUGUUUUUUUUUGCUGUGGGUUGUAAGCUAGGCUUACAGAUGUUUCUGCUAGUUUUUUUUAAACUUCAAAGUAUUUGAGGUUCUUUGUAUUAUUGCAAAUAUAUUUAUUGCUCUUUAAUGACUUUUGGGCAGCUGACUGCUUUUGUUUAUCCAUGUCUGAUUAGAGACCCUUGGAGUAAAUGCAAAGAUUUCUUUCAAUAGUGCUUGUCUCAAUGAAAAGAAGAAAAUAACAAGUGCAGGAUAACAUUGAUAGACCCCAUAUAAAACCCCCAAAAUCUGAGCACCCCAGUGUUUUGUUGUACACUGGUGAAGGACAGAGGACAGAUUUAAGUGAACUGACGAUUUUCAGAAUCACUGAAAAGAGGCCAGGCUUCCUGUUUUUUAUUUAAAAAAGUCAUUUUUAAAUUUGUUUUUAAAGGGUUUUUCUUUAUCAAAAUGCAAAUCAUCAGUAAUACUAUCAUUGCAAACACAUAUCAUAUGUUUGCCUUCGAAAGAUCAAAAGAAAUCUCCACUUAAAAUUCCCUGUAAGAGAACAUUUUUCCCCUAAAUCAGUAAUCUUAUUGCUUUACUUAGAAAAUAAUGUCUGCAUUAUACUGGAUAGAAGAUAGCAAAUCCCUAAAACAGUUCCUUCUGGAGAGGAGAUUAAACAUUAAAAAUAUAUAAUUAUUCCUCCCCCAAAUCAAACUCUAGCCUUUUGCUAAUCAAAUCUAGAGUAUUAAUGACAAGAUGGCAUCAUAAUGCUAGCUAAGAUGGCUAAUUAUUUGAAAAAAUGUGGCUUACUGCACUACAUACUCGAAUUGUUUUACCCCUUCUUUUGCAACACUAGGAACCCUUUCUGACGAAACGCAUUGUGACUGUUGAUUAUUUUCAUUAGCCUUACCAAAUAGCACUGCAAUUGUUAAUAUGCAAUAAAUAUUUUUUAAAUAAGACAUUCCUAUGGUUCUUGGUACAUUCAGCUGUCAAUUAUAGCAUGAGAUAACACACCACUAAGGGCUUUUUUUUACAUCUCUCAUUGAAGAAAGAUUUUAAUUUGAAAUGUUAAUUAUGAAGUUGAUUUGUUUAAUUUUUUUUACCUGGCAUUUAACAAUAAAGCAUGUUAUUAUUAUCCCUGUAUCUCUUU